GUUUACUCGAGUAAAAUGUUCCGAAUUGUUGGCUUAAUUUGCCUUACAGUUUUAGUCCCGAGCUGUGACUCUGUGGAUCCAGAAAAUUAUGGUAAAGAUUACUACAGUUCUUCGGUUUUGGGUUUAGUAAAUCUUUUGGAGCUUGAGCGGAAGUUCAUGGAAGAGUUCACAGUCCAUGCAGAUGUGCUGCAGGAGAAGGUGGACAACCUGCAAAUGUACAUCGACUACUUAGAUCGUGCCCAGCAUGAAAGCCACAAGGAAAGAGAAAAGUUUGUCUCCAAUCCACUCAACGCCUACGGACUGAUACGUCGCCUGCAACAGGAUUGGCCCAAAUGGCAGAACUACACGCAGAAGCCACUGGGCACGGCACAGCUGAACGCCAUGGAAGAGCUGCUCUCUAAUGCUCCAGAUCUCUACGACAUGACAGAGUCGCUCAAGUCAAUGGAUCGCAUUGAGAAAACUUAUGACCUGCCAGCCAGUCACAUAGCUAGAGGACUGCUGCAGCAAAAACAAUACGACACUCAACUGUCAGUGAGAGACUGCUUGGCCCUGGCACAGCACAAAUAUGAAACUGGGGAUUACAUACGCGCCUCCAUGUGGUAUCGCGAGGCACUGCGCCACGAGCCAGAGCCCAGUGCGGAGCUUAUCAACGCCGUUCUGGGCGAUCCACGCGAAGGUUUGGAUCUACAGUUUGCACGAACCAUGGUCAUACGCGGCCUUGGUUUAUCGGAUCAAUCGAUGAGCAGGGAAACAAUUCACGCAUCAGCUAGCGACUUUUUAAACAAGUCCAGUCCACGAGAUGUGGAGGAGUUCAUUAGCUAUUAUCUCGCUCAAAGCGAUGAGGAAAUAGCCAAAGAGAUGGGCACCCCACAAACCCCACCUACAGCCCACGAGUUUGGGUGCCGCGGACUCUUCCCUCCGCGCACGAAUCUCGUCUGUCGCUACAACUCGACCACGACACCAUUCCUGAAACUGGCACCACUGAAAAUGGAGGAAGUCAACCAUGAUCCUUAUAUUGUCAUGUACCACGACGUUCUAUCCGAAAGGGAAAUUGAGGAAAUGAAGCAGCUGGCGGAGCCCAUGGUCAAUGGCUUGUCGGGCUCGGACAUGGCAAACAUCUCGGAGCCUCUCGAAAUUGUGGCACGCGUUGCAUGGCUGAUGGAGCCGUCGCCCUUCAGGGAGCGGCUGAAUCUCCGCAUUGGCGACAUGACCGGCUUCGAUGUGAGUGACUUUGAAGCCCUGCAGUUGGCCAACUUUGGUGUGGGCUCGUACUUCAAGGCGCACUACGACUACCUCACCGAUCGCCUCACAGAAGCGGGCUCCUCCCCGUUGGGCGAUCGCACCGGCAGCCUCAUCAUCUAUGCCAGCGAAGUGCCACAAGGUGGUGCCACGAUAUUCCCCGACAUUCAGGUGACUGUCCAACCGCAGAAGGGCAACAGUUUGUUUUGGUACAACACAUUCGAUGACUCGACACCAGAUCCGCGCUCACUGCAUGGUGUGUGCCCUGUCAUAGCUGGUUCUAGAUGGACGGUUACAAAAUGGCUACACCAAUGGCCACAAAUGUUUCUGAAACCCUGCAGUCCGCGUCGACAGCUAGUGGAACGAAAGUCUUAAAUUGCAAUUU